AGGGAAGGGUUUUAAUUUGUUGUAUGUAUGUGUCUUUGAUUUCAGCCACCCCUAAUUAAGCCGUCAGAUAACCAGUUGAGUUUGGAAGACAUGGACGCAAUCGAAGUGGUGGGGACGACAAAUGGUGGAGUUGUGCAAUUGAUGCAACACAAAUGGACUCGUCAAUUUUUUGCAGUGAAGGUCAUUCAAAUGAACAUGGAGGAACAAGCACAAGCUGCACUGGCACAGAAAUUGAAAAUAAAUCAAUCCUUACAGGGUCCAUAUGUUGUUGCGUGCUACCAGUCUUUCUAUAAAAAUGAUGUUAUUUCUAACGUCUUGGAGUAUAUGGAUGGAGGAUCUCUGUUAGAUUUUCUGAAAAAAGUAAAAACGAUUCCUGAACCGUAUCUUGCUGCAAUAUGUAAGCAGGUUCUUAAAGGGUUGGCUUAUCUUCAUGAUGAAAAACAGAUUAUCCACAGAGACUUAAAGCCUUCUAAUUUGUUGAUAAACAAUAGAGGUGAAGUCAAGAUCAAUGAUUGUGGUGCCGGUUGUAUGGUGACAACCACAUUUGGACGUGCUAACACUUUUGUUGGCACAUACAACUAUAUGUCUGUAAAGAGACUUACUGGAGGCAAUCAUAACAGCAAAAGUGACAUUUGGAGCCUGGGGCUAGUUCUGCUUGAGUGUGCAACUGGUCAAUUUCCAUAUUCCCGACCGGAGGAAGAGGGAUGGGAUAAUUUUUAUGAGCUUAUGGUAGCAAUUGUUGACCAACCACCACCUUGUGCACCUUCUGAUCAAUUUUCUCCACAGUUUUGCUCGUUUAUCUCAGCAUGUGUACAGAAGGAUCCAGAGGACAGGCAGUCAGCACUCGAACUUUUGGAACAUCCUUUUGUGAACAUGUACGAUGACUUCGAUGUGCUCCUGUCAUCCUACUUCACCGAUGUUGAAUCUCUACUUGCUUCCCCUUCACUACAAGAAAUGAGGGAAAAACCAGCGAUUUUUGACCUAAACGACAGCGAACGUGCUCAUGCGAAUAAUCCUUACUUGCAAACAUUGAUGCAAUCAUACAAAAGUUAACAUUAAUGUUGCUUUCUCACUAACCUUUUCAUUGCAUCAAUUCUGCUCAUCUUCAUAAGAAUCCAUUGCUUGGUAAAAAUUAUUGAAAGCAGCCACCGCCCUGCAGGCAGAUUUGGCUCCACAUCCACCAAAAAAUUUAUCCAAACAAACUAAAUAAGACAUGAUCCUUGUA